ACAGAUGCCCCAAGGAACACCUUAGUAACCGUAAGUCCAUCUGAUGAGGUGUUUGAGGGCGGUUCAGUGACUCUGACCUGCAGCAGUGAUGCCAACCCGCCGGUGGAGAUCUACACCUGGUUUAAGGUGAACGAGUCCUCUCCAGUAGGAUCGGGACAGAACCAGCGGAUCGCCAACGUCAGCUCGGAUCAUUCAGGCUGGUACUACUGUGAGGCACGGAACGCACACGGGAACACCAGAUCCGCUGAGGUUCACCUGGAGGUUCGCCGUGAGUACCGUCUCAUGUCAUGAUCCUGUCACUGAAGUACUAGGGCA